AUGCGGGAUCCUAGGAUCACCCUAGUGCUCCAUUUAGAGGGCUGCACUAAAGCGGAUGCUGGCUCGGGCCUCUUUGCCCUCUGCACUCUGGAUGGAACGUUGAAGCUCAUGGAGGGGGCGGAUAAGCUGCUGUGGUCCGUGCAGGUUGAUCACCAGCUCUUUGCUCUGGAAAAACUGGAUGUUACUGGCAAUGGGCAUGAAGAGGUGAUUGCCUGCGCCUGGGAUGGCCAGACGUACAUCAUCGACCACAAUCGGACUGUGGCCAGAUUCCAAGUGGACGAGAACGUCAGCGCGUUCUGUGCUGGCCUCUAUGCAUGCAAAGGAGGCCACAACAGCCCCUGCCUGGUUUACGUCAGUUUCAACCAGAAGAUCUACAUCUACUGGGAUGUGCAGCUGGAGAGAAUGGAAUCCACCAACCUGCUGAAGAUACUAGAGACCAACCCAGAAUACAGGGACCUUCUGCAGCAGCUGGGCGUGGAUGGAGAUGAUGUCUCGGCUGUCAAAGAUCUGAUUCACAAGACCCUGUACUUCCCAGAAAAGCAGCCACAGAACAGCCCUUGCCAACAUCGGGGCCCUGCUGGAGCAGACUCCUCCAGUCACCCCACCGUUGCCCAAGACUCGUGCCUCCUCUCACAGCAGCAGCUUUCUUCCGAGGUGUGAUCUCACACACAGAGGUGAUUUGUUUCCCAUGGUACUAAUAACAGGGAGGUGUGUGGCUGAUGCCUGAAGAAAACUAGGCAGCUCCAGCAACAGCGCUGGCAAAAGGAACCCAAACUGCUCUUGGUAGGAAUGCAAUCAGGAGAAAGUUGAACCCUCAUUCUGAUCGCUCACAUAAAGACUGUGGGCCAAGCUCAUCCCUGGGAUGACUUUAUACAGAGCAGUCAAGAACUGGACAAUAAAUUGAAUCCAUUCUAAACGUUGUUCUGUGAUGAUGACCAGCCUUGCAGCCAGUAGUGCCACUGUGCCUCCCAGCCUUGCACAUCUGCAGCAGCUGCAGUAGUGCUACUCUGCCUUCCACCACUGGACACCUGGAACAGCUAGAAAGAGCAUCAUUUUGCUUUCCAGCCCUGCUCAUGUGUA